CAAAAUGAAAGCCCCCGCCUGACAACCCGCUUGGCCAAUGAGCGUGCGUCAUCGCACUUAGACCCGCCCCCGACUGACGGCUCCCGCGGCCAAUGAGCGAGCGGCUCCGCUGAGCAGGCAGCCAUUGGGCGUGCGCGAAGCACACGUAACUCGGGCGGCUACGUGUUAGUAGUAGGCGUCCCCACCGCCGUAUUCAAGAGUUAGUAGCGUCGCGAGCUCCGUCGGAAGAAGAUUCUUUCCCGGCUCUGUCCGUGCUGCGGUCCGCCGUCCCUUUCCGGCCUCCUCCGGCCAGCCGUCCGGUCCGCGCAGCGAGCCCGCCGGAGUCCAGAUGGUGGACCCGCGCUGUGCUCGGCUGUGCCUUCCUCCCGGCGCGCAGGCGCCGGCGGCACCGACCUCGCUCCUCGGCCUCAGAUCGCCUCCUUGCGCCGGCUGGGCUCCCGGGGCCACACUCGCCCUUUCUCGGCUCUCCCGCGGCGGGCGGAGGGCGGCGUUCGACCCGGACUUGGAUCCGCCGCCCCGGCCGGACCUGCGCCCGUCCAGCGCUGCCGCCUCCAGCCUGGUGCCAUGGGCGGCGCGACCGGGACCCUCGCCGCCACGGGCCUGCUUUCGGUCUCGGCGGCCGCCGCGGGUCAGUCGCGCAGGACCAGCUCGUCUGCCGCAGCACGUGGGACCGCCUGUCCCCCGCCGACCGCCUCGCCAAGGCCACCGAGAGCCCGGCCGCGAGGCGGCUCCCGCCGCCGCGGACUUCCGGCGGAGCGUCCAGAGCGGGCCCCGCUUCAGGGGUGAAGGCGACAGCGACGGCUGUGCGGGCCGGAAGGGUGCAGACAAAACCCACUUUCCAGGGAUCAGAGCAGCUCAACUACUGGAUCUCCCUUUUGGGGUCAAGUUGCCCAGGAUCCCAGGAAGCGAUUGUUUGUACCGCACAACAAAGUUAGGUGAAAAGCUCUUUCAACCUUCUUACGGUUUUAAUCUAUCGGAUCCUUAUUGUCGAAUUUUGGAAAACCAAUAUAAUAGUCUCCAUGAUCCACAUUUAAGAGCAUACCAUCAACGCAAGGAUAUCCUGGGAAGGUUAAAGAAAGGUGGAUUCAUCACCAGCAAUAAUGAAGUUGUAUGUUCCUUGAAAGAGUUUAAUAAAUAUAGAGAAUAUUUGAGAAGCUUAAAAUUAGAUUUUGAAAAACACUGUAUAAAAGAACAGAAACAAGUCCUUCCAGAGAAAGAAAUGGCUUCUCAUUUACCAAAAAUACAAGAAAAUGUAUUUAAAAGAAAAGAGAUUAAAAAAGAUACAUUUGUUUACAGAGGACAAGAUGGAACACAUUCUUCCCGGAAGAAGAAAAAGAAGACUUUUGAUGAUGUAAAGGUAGCUUCUGCUGUUGGUGACCGGAGAGCAAAUAAAGGAGUAAAUGGACCUACAGCAAAUGCAAUACAUCCAUCUCUAAGUAGUUCAAAGAAUGUUGUCAGAAAAUCAGUAAGUUCAGUAGUUUGUCAACCAGAUGAAAAUAAUGGCACUGAACAAAAGAAAGAUGGAGUGAUAACUAAAAAUCCAAUUACUUUUGAUAAUACAGAUAACAUCACCCAGAGGAUUCAAUGCCUAACAGAGAAAAUUUCUACACCAGUAAACAGAUGCUUAAAAGGGAACCAACUUGCUUCACCAACACAAUCAUAUAAACAUACUUCUCUAAAGUCAGACCAGAAAAAUUCACUGAACACACUGGAAAUAGAUAGAAGUGCAGUGAAUAGAAAGAAAGGUUUCAAAGGUGAGGAGACAUCAAUGAAAAAAGGCAGCAUCCAAGAUCCGAUAGUUACCGCUGUAACUGGAAUCAUGAAAAAUAAUGCAGUUAACCUGUUAUCAGAGUCAGCUGCAGGUGUGGCAAAUAAAAAGGAGAAGGAAAAUAAAAUGAGAAUUUCAAUUAGAAAAUAUAAUGAGAAUAUAUCAAAAGUUAUUUCAACUACUAGUACAAAAAGUAAAGCUACAAAGGACGCAGAGUUAAGACUAACACAUAAAAAUGAUGACACUGAGAAGAAAAGUACAUCAGCUCCAGAAUAUGAGGAAAGGCAAUGUAAUGAGGCACAGACACAAUUUCAAGCAGCUACUAAUGAUAUAGAACAUGAGAAGGAAAUACCUGGAGCAGAUUUUGAAACAGACAGUGAAGAGUUUAAGAGCGUAAGAGAAAAUUCAUUGAAUAAAGAAGAUGAGCCCUUUCAUUUAUCUUCUUUGGCAUCUAAAGUGAGAAAUACAGAGACCACAGCAGAGAAAACUUUGAAAGCAGCUACCCCAAAAUCAAAUGGAAUGGAAAGACAAGCCUGUCCAUCUCAAAUAGCUGUAAAUGAGGAACAAUAUUCAGAUUAUGAACAUGUUCAAAAUAUCAUUGAAAAUACUUAUGAUGUUAUCUUAGAAAUAUAUCAUUCUCAAGGAUCCACAGAUGAUUCACAUCUCCAAAGUCCCCCAAGUGAUAGGUCACUGCAGGUAAUUCAGGAGGUUGGCAAGGACAGUGCACAGUCUGUUUCAACAAAGGAUUUAUCCCUCUCAAUUAGCAAAAAUCUCCCUGCCAUGGAGAAAGAGGGAGAGAAAGAGAGAGAAAAAGAGAAAGUGAAAGUAAAGGAGAUUAAAAUUGAACCUAGUAAAACAAAUAGUCAUCAGUACGAACCAAAACAUAAAGCUGGAAUUUUUCCUGCUACGUUUUUAGAAGAUACUAUCACUGAAAUUAUAAACAAGUUGAUCUUUUCUUCGUCACCAGAAACACAAAUGUGUGAAAGAUGUCAAAAUGUAAGUGAGGAUGAAAAUCAAACGGAACUAUAUGACACAGCUAUGAAACUUACUGAUUCAUUGUUAAAGGAGUUUUCAGAUGCUCAAAUUAAGGUAUUUAGAACAGAUCCGGAAAAUCAGUUUCUUCCCCCAGUAGAAAACAUGUCAUCAUCAGUUCCUAAAGUACUUUCCAGGCAUAAAGAGUCAACUGCAGAAAAGGCAUCAUCUAGCAUUAAGGAAACUGUGGAUAAAAUUCCACAUAUGCACAAAAUGACUAAAAACUCCUCUUUAAACAAGAUACCUUUCCUAAAUAACAUACCAGCAAUUGAUCAAACAUUGGUCAACAAAGUUGUUCACUCCUCUGUAUGCAAUAUUUUGAAGGAAUAUAGGUCUCAAGACUCCAUUUGUAAGAGUAUAAAAACUAAUGGGGAAACCAUAGCAAGACAACUAACUAAUGCAGUGAUAAAUGAAAUUUUUCAACAGCAGCUUAAUUUUGGAUUUUGUGAUGAGAUUCCAGCUUCAGCAUAUUUGCCUCUCAAAUCUAAGGAUGUUGUUAAAAAGAUCCAAAACGUGGUUAAAAGAGCCAGCAAAGAAUGUCAGGCAUUGUCACCAUAUACCGUCAUGCUGCCUCAUGAAUUUUUAGAGAAUGUGAUUUCUGCUCUCUUAUCUAAAAUUUUCUCAACUCUGUCUAACACCAAAGCAGAAACACCUGAGGGCAAACGGUUCACAGAACUGGAUUUUCUUCAAAUGAAGUUACUAAGUACAGUUACAACAGAGAUCUCCAAAUAUGAUGAUAUGAUUAUUCAGUAUGUGGACUCCUUACAUCCCAGUGAUGAUGAAAUUAUUCAAUUAGUGGUUCAUUCUAUUUAUAAUAAUCUUUUGUCACAGUAUGGGUCACAAGAGAUUAUACAAAAUUGUGUAUCCAGUGGAUGCAGAAUCCUUUCCAAAAGCAUAGUUGACCUGAUUCUAAAAGAAGUGUCUGGCAAUCAGCUGCAGAGCUAUUUUUCUGGAGAGCUAACUCCAUAUCAAUGUUCAGAAGUUAACUACAUUGUUGAAAAUAUUCUUAAAGAUGUUAUCACAACUGCUGACGCUCCCCAGCCUCAACCAUGUGCUCAUAUACUGCCUUACGAUGUAAUAGAAGAAACUGUUGUAAAAUUUUUAUCAAAGCUUUUAUCUAUGUUUCCAACAGUAGAUAAGGAAAGAACCAAAUCUGGAGAAACUGAAAUGCAAAAAAUGCAAAAGAUAACCUCAAAAAUAUUAAAUUCAAUACAAGAAUUUAUCUCCAAAAGUAACAUUAAACUUGUAUCACCAGCCAAGGAAUUGCCUACUGUACCUUCAGCUGACAAUGAAACUAUUGAAAAAAUAGUUAAUUCUGUUUAUACUAGUGUUUUAAAGCACUCUGGCUCACACACCUCUAUAUUGAAAGAUUUAAUGGGUAAGAGCAAUGCCCUUUCUAAUAUAAUAGGUUUUUUAAUGGUGCAGGAAAUUUCCAAUUCUGAAUUUCAACCUAAAUUUGAGGAAGAAGUAUCAAAUUCAGAAUUAGUUUUGGAAGCUGUCAAAACUAUGGAAAAAGUGGUCAAAACUGUUGAUAAGUUUAAGUCCCAGGAAAAGUCUUCAUCCAAAAAAGGUCCUAUGUUAGAUACUACAACUUUAGAGGAAGCUUUGGCUUUGUUCUUGGCUAAAAUUGUAACAUUGCCCAGUGUCUCAAGCAAAGAUGCAAAAAACUUGUCAAAGCCUGAGUUAAAUAAAAUUGCAUCUCAACUGACAAAAUCUGUGGCAGCUGAAAUUUCCAAAAAUAAUAUUAAUCUUGUUUCUGCUCAUCCUGAAGAACACUUUUUAAAUCCAGAAAGCAUAGAAAUGAUUUCUCAGGUUAUUGAUUCUAUUUACAGUGAUAUACUGCAACAAUCUGGAACCCAUAAAGAUCUUUAUUAUGACAUAAAAGGUACAAACACAGCCUUCCUUAAGGAAGUGGCUAGUUUAAUUAUUAGUGGAGUUUCAGAUCUUCGAUUAGAUACAGUUAAGUUAAAGAAUUCAAGUGCUGAACUCUUUGGAGAUCAAGACAUUAAUAGAAUUGUUCAAAAGGCACAGAAGUAUGCUGACAAAAUGAUCCCUGACUUAGAAAAAGGAGAGUCAGAGCAAGAUUCAGUUGAAGACGGGUUUCCAAUUAAAAUAGUCCCACAUAUUAGGAAGAAGCCAAUCAAAAUAGAUCCUGACAUUCUCUCAGAACACUUAGCAGUCAUUUCUGUAAAAACUCAACCUCUUGAAAAACUUGAGAUGGACUGUUUAAGAAAAACUGGACAUAGCAUAGAAGAGCUAAGAAGUGUAUCAGUAAACGGGAGAAGUAUCUCUUCAUCAGACACAUCUAAUUUAGGAAAGAUAAAAAAAGGAAGACAUGCUUCAUUGACUAAGACAGGACAAUUGGAUGUAAAACCCCUAGAGAAAGAAGAAAGAAAUCUUCCGGCUGAACGAAUAUGUUACUUAACAGAAAGAAUUAAGAGUAUAUCUUCAUGCAACCAAGAAGAUUUGAAUUCAUGUGCCAGUGAGAUUGAAGAUUGUACCCCAGAUGCCAGUGCUAAAAUAUUUGAAGAAAUUCCCAAGUCCAGUAUUACCAAACAAGGAUCUAAAAUGCUGGUAAAGGUGUCUUCAGCUCUGUCAAAUGUGUCUUCAGCUCUGUCAAAAGUGUGUCUUCGAAUUAAGACCAGGAUUUCCAAAUCUGCAACACCGGCAGGGCAACUGAUAGCAUUCAAUGAAGAGGAAGAAGAAGGGGUGAACUCUAAGAUUCGUCCUAAGCCAGUCAGAUUUUUGGGCCCUUCCACCAGCACCCAAAUCAAAGUCAAGAACUCAGCUUCAGUUAGGGUGUCUCCAGCCAGUGCCCUCCAGGCCUGGUCCCAGGCAUCGGUGAGCCUGUCACCAGGUGGAAAGGCAGUUCAGCCCUUUGCGCAGUAAGAAGCCACCUCCCUGGGGCACACUGGGGUGCCUGGGCAUUCGCAGGCUUCCCGCAGGACCGACGGUGCUGAAAAUGGAAUCACGCACCCACCUCCAGCAAAGGUUCUGCUCUCCGACAAGAAGGCCAUCCCACCCUGAGUGAUAAAACUGAAGUGGACUUCCCUGCAUGCCACCGGGCCUUCCCUGCCCACCUGCACAGCAGCGAGGCCCGGGGGGCCCCCGGAGUCACCCCGCGAAGGCCAGGCUGUGCUGGCUGAGAAUGGUCUGGGCAAGGCUGAUUGACGGAAACCAUGGACCUGCGGGGGCUUGUUUGCCCCCAGAGCCCAGCUCAAUGGCACUGUUUUUGAUGAAAUGGAGGUGAAAUCUGAUGUUUCUAUUUAGGAUAAUUAUGGGGAAAAUGAAUUCUGUGGCGUAGCAAUGGAGGAGGGAGACUGGUGGUUGGGCCUGUGUUUACUUCUCAUUUUCCCAACUUGUAAAUGAUUAUUUGUCUACAGAGAAUUUGAAUUUCUGUCUUGGAGAUGCUGCAGGUUUGGUUCUAAACCACAGCAAUAAAGUGAACAUUGCAAUAGAACAAGUCAAAUUAAUUUUUUGGUUUUCCAGUGCAUUAUGUUGACACUGUUCUGUAGUCUGUUGAGUGUGCAAUAGCAUUAAGUAUUUAAAAAAUGUAAAUACUAUAAUUAAAAAAUACUUCAUUGCUAAAAAAUGCUAACCCUGCAUUGGAACUUUCAGUGAGUCUUAAUCACUGACGAUUACCACAACUUCAUUACUGUGAAGAUCACAGUUCACCAUAACGAAUAAUAAUGAAAAAGUUUGAACUAUUGCCAGAAUACCAAAAUGUGACACAGACACAAAGUGAACAGAAAAAUGCCUCCAGGAGACUUGCUUGACUCAGGGUUGCCACAAACCUUCAAUUUGUAAGAAACAAUAUCUGGGAAGUGUGGUAAAGUGUAGCUCCGUAAAACAAGGUCUGCCUGUAUGCACGGAUGAUUCAGUCAACAGCCUGCAUUUCUUUGCAUCAAGCAGUUUAAGGGAAGUCUAUUUAGUGCAUUUAUCAGAAUAUUUGAUUUGGAAUAUCUACUUGACCAAGGUACAGCUGAGGUUGAAAGGGACAAAUGGACCCUUAUAGGUAUCAGGCAGUGAAGUCAAAUUCAGCCUGCUAGAGUAACUUGAACAUUAUUUGGGUGUGGUUCUUGGGGCUUAAGUUAAUUUUGCAUAAAAGCACAUUUUUCCUGAUACCAAUCUGCAAACGAGAAAUUCAUCACAAUCCAUUGCUCUUGCUGGAAAUUAAAAAAAAAUAAAAGGAAAGCAUGCUUUAUAGGCAGUGAUUCUGUUUUACUGCUUUGGGAAAGUAGUUUUGUGCAGCUGUUUAGUCAGAUGACACAAUAGAAAGUCUUAAUGAUGAGUAGGAUAUUUAAGUAUUGCUCAUAUAAAAAAAAUAACUGACUAUGCCCUUUCCGGUAACCUGUGUGUUGAGAACUGGUUUACCCUGAUUCAGACUGGUUUGUUGUAUGGGGGAGAGCCUCAUGCUGGCAGUGGAGACCAAAUGAAGGGUUUGUUUGUUUCAUUUAUAGUUUUAGAUAAGUUUUUGUUUCAGUAUUGCCUUAUGUUAGUUUAUAAAGUAUUUUCAUCUACU